AUAAAAAAAUGUGUUUUGAAACUGUUGCUGGCUUCCCAGACCUUGAUUCAGGAUACAGCGCAAGAAAGAAUUCACAAGACAAAAUUUGUAUAGAAUAAAAGUACACAUUUAUUUUUUCCCCACAAAUUUUGUUUUUGUUUUGUUUUUUCUUUUUUUCCAGUAAUCCAUUGUAUUAUUGCUAGUUGUUCCUGAAUUAUGGCAAAAGACUUCACAUUUUUACAGUGGAAAAAUAUUGUAUGACGCUAGUAGAUUUUUCACUUCAUUUUGAGGAUUUUUCUGCCUUGAUUUAUUAAUUCUUUCAGUGCUUACAAAAUCUGGGGAAAGAGCAAAGCUGCUGUGGCCCUGGUUUAUGUAACUGAGAUAACAAAGCUAACUCACCAUAAUAUUGAAUUUGGCUGUGCUUGAAGAAUUCACAAAACAAAAGACUUUUCUACAAAGUGCUUUGGUGAAUAAAGAAAUUAGACAAAUGGCAUUUUUUAAAAACUUUCAUCAAAAUCUGAACCUUCCUUCUGUGUCUUCUCUGGUUGACACGCUUAGCAGUGCUGUAGAUGAUCUGACCAGUGCUGUUGGAGAAGUUGGUUACUGUGUAGCUGAUUCAGUCACAGAGCAGGUAACGAGUAUGAUUAAUGGCUUUCGCACAGAAGAUGAAAAUUUUAGAACACAGGAAGAUAAAGCAGUGCCAGUUAAAGAUGAAGCUAUAACGUCAUUACCAGAUUCUAAGGAGACAAAUAUGAAAGAAAACUUGUGUGCUACCGAAGAUAAAAAUAAACAAACUAAUUAUAAUUCAUUAAAUGUUGCAAAACAAGAUACAGCUCAAGACAGAUCAUCCCAUUAUGUCAAGGACAAACACCAAUAUCAGUUAAAGCAGGGUGAUGCUAAUAAACACUUCAGUGAUAAGGAAGACUUGGAAAAAGUAGGAAGACCUGUUAAAAGCAAAGGAGAGAAAGGAAAGGAGUACUUGGUAAAUGAGAAGUUCUCAAAGGAUAAUAGUCUGAAGAGUAGUAAACUUGUAGCAGAAGAAUCUGUCAUUAAGAAACCCAGUAGUGGGUUGCAAGUCAUAUCGGAGAAUUCAAAGAGACACUUGCCUAAAAAAGGUAAACCAAGAUCAUCCUCAGUUGAUUUUAAAGACCACAGAGAAGUUCAUGGUACACAUGUGUCCAAGCAUUUGGAAACAAAAGUAAAUGAAGCACAAAAGCAAAGCUUUUCAGAGUCUAAUUUGAAAAAGGCACAAAAAGAUCGUGUUAAAGAAGUGAAAGAAAAGAAAUGUAAAGCUUUUUCUGAUGGCAAAGGACAACCCUUAAUGAAGCAUGAAGAAAAUGCCUCAACUACCCUAUCAAAAGAAGGUAAAAAAAGAAACUAUAAAGAAUCAGAAAAAAAUGCAAGAGAAGUAAGUAGUAUGAAAACAACAGAAAAAGACAACUCGUACAUGAAUAAAGACCAGCAUGGCUCAUCUUCUGAAAGUGAAGAUGAGGCACUGGGUAAAUACCAUGAAGCCUUGUCCAGAACACACAGUUCCAGACCAACAGUGGUAGAUAGCAGGCAGCAGAAAAAUUACCUUUGGGAAACCAGACAAAAAUAUAGCCCUCUGUCUGCAGAGUAUGAUGGUUACAGUAGUGAAGCUUCAAUAGAUGAAGCAAACUGCAUUCAAAGAAUGAGAAGAACACCUCCGCUGGAUGAACUGCAGCCUCCACCAUAUCAGGAUGAUAGUGGUUCUCCUCACCUCUCCUGUACACCCUCUGAAGUUGGUGAUGGUAAAUGUGAAUUUUCCCACUGUAGCAACAGCCCAAGAUGUUCAUACAAGUGCCCAAGUGAGGGAAGCACUGGACAUGAAAUAGAAAGCUUUCAUAAUAAAGGAUAUGAAGAGGAUGUACCCAGUGAUAGUACAGCUGUCCUUAGCCCAGAGGAUAUGUCAGCUCGAGGAUCAUCUUCACAGCUUCCUAAACCUUUUGAUCCUGAGCCAGUAGCUAAAUAUGGCACACUGGAUGUGACUUUUGACUAUGACUCACAAGAACAGAAGCUUCUGGUAACAGUGACAGCUGUCACAGACAUUCCAACAUAUAACAGGACAGGUGGAAACUCAUGGCAAGUACACCUAGUUCUUCUACCUAUAAAGAAACAGAGAGCAAAAACCAGCAUCCAGCGGGGACCAUGCCCUGUCUUCACUGAGACAUUCAAAUUUAAUCAUGUUGAAUCUGAGAUGAUUGGGAAUUACGCAGUUCGUUUUAGACUGUACAGUGUACGUCGUGUGAAAAAAGAGAGGAUUGUGGGGGAAAAGAUUUUUUACUUAACAAAAUUGAAUCUUCAAGGGAAGAUGUCAGUACCAGUGAUCUUGGAACCUUCUUACAGUAUUUCUGGCUGUGACUCCCAAAUGAGCAUGUCAGAAAUGUCCUGUAGUGAAAGUACCUCCUCUUGUCAGUCUCUGGUACAUGGCUCAGCUCCAGAAAUCCUCAUUGGCCUGCUUUAUAAUGCCACAACUGGAAGACUAUCAGCAGAAGUGAUAAAAGGCAGCCACUUCAAAAACUUGGCAGCAAACAGACCACCCAAUACAUACGUUAAGUUAACUCUGCUGAAUUCCAUGGGUCAGGAGAUGUCCAAAUGCAAAACGUCGAUUCGACGAGGCCAGCCAAACCCUGUGUAUAAAGAAACCUUCAUUUUUCAAGUGGCACUAUUUCAGCUUUCAGAUGUGACGCUCAUUCUGUCUGUGUACAAUAAACGCAGCAUGAAACGAAAAGAAAUGAUAGGCUGGAUUUCUUUAGGUCUCAACAGCUCAGGAGAAGAGGAAUUAAAUCAUUGGACUGAAAUGAAGGAAUCGAAAGGACAGCAAGUAUGUAGAUGGCACACGUUACUAGAAUCUUAACGGACAGCACAAGGGGCAGUUGUGGUUCCAGGGAGUUCUGUGUUUCAACAAGAUUGUCCUUUAGUCGUGACUAAGGGAUCUCUUGCAGAAGUGAAAAAGUAAACAUUCCACCUUAAAGAAUGCACAACAUGCUACGGAGCAAAGCAUCUUAUACAUCUUUCUCUCUUAAUUAUCAGAUACCUCACUGGUGUCAGAUAAACCGUACUAUCCACAGACGAGACAGGAAUCCCUCCAUCUAUCUGAUGCUUUCAGUAUUGUGUUGAUUUGAUUUUCUGUUUAGCAAUUCAGAAAUAUUUUAUGUAAAAAUCUCCAAAUCAUUGUAAAAUCUUUCUACCAUGUUUUUAGUGUUCUGAUGUAGCUUAAAAACUGCUAACGUUCAGAUUUAGGGACACUGACGUUUAAUGCUAGAAAAAUUAAGCUGUGAAACAAAAAUCACCACUGGGAAGGAAGCUUAAUAUUAUUGAAUAUAUGAAUAUUUUAUUUUAGAUUGAUUUUGUCUUCAAGGCAUUUAGUUGAUUUCACUUUUCAUUUCUGAUAUGAAGUUAGUUUGAAAAACACUAGGACUCUGUGGCAUUGGGUGAGCUUUGAAAUAAAAUAAAUAUUUCUAUAGUUUGACAGGAGCAAGAUCUGUGUUAUGGCAUAAAUUGGGUUUUCCCUGUUUGCUUGUGAUUCUGCCUAAUGCAAAGAGACCAGGUCACUGUUCUGGUCCCUUGCACGUCUUCUUAGACAGGUUGUACUGUAAAACUAUGUAACUUUCUGUUGAAAGCAUUUCCUGUAUUCUUGUAUUCCAAUAUAGGAAACACAUAGGGCAUGUUUUUACCUAAAAUAUCUUUUCAGGAAAUAGUGAAGAUUGUCAGUACUGUGAAGAUUAUGUUAAUUGACCACAAAUGAAACAGUAAUAGUGUUUGAAGAUGAGAGUGAUUCUAUGAUUUUGGGCAAAAGUAUGUUACUUCUGUCUCCUGUGACUGGUCAUAAGCAUGUUUGGGUUCCAGGGAACAGGUGUGCCGGAUCAAACCUGGAGUUUCCACUCUUAUUGCUGGAGAAGGGAUAUAAAAAUCUAGUAGUGAGUUAUUUCCCUGUUAGUUGUCAGGGCUUGAAUGGAAAACUGAGCUGCCCAAGAGACAGACUGUGCUUAGCUUGCAUUUUUAAGACCAGCACUACUGGCUUUUCAACACUGUCUUGGCAAAGCAGCUAUACAGUGUGGUCAGAAUCUGCCUUUGGAUAAAUACUCCUAACUUCCAUUGAAGUGAGGAGGAUAUAUUUAUUUCUGAGAGUAGCAUUUGGCCUAAUUAUUGUUAGUACUGUAAAGUCUCACUAAUUCACACUACCUGCCAGAUCCAAUUCAGACUACUGAAAGUUGUUAAUUAUUGAGUAAGCACUGACACAUAUUUUAAAAAAAAAUCAGAAUUCACAAAACGUAAUUGCUCUACUCCUUUUCCCCUCCCUCCCAGUAUAACAAGUUCAUUUAAUUUUAAUUGCUGCUACAUGGUAUGUGAGUAAAUGUACCCUACUUUAUUUCUGAGAAGUAACGAAGUCCUACUACCAUGAAACCUCCCUGGCCAUUGUAGCACAUAGUGGUGUGCUUUACUGAGGAGCUGAUUAAUGAGCUCUGUAGUAAAGCGCCACUGUCUAUAAAAUGGCCAGUAUUAGAGCACAGUAUGUUAACUCUGCCAUAAGGUAGUAUUGUCGGGGACAGUAUUAUUUUAUGGCGGAGUAAUUAUCUCUGCCAAAAUGCUUGUGUAGACAGUGACUGGGGCUGGCUGGGGCAUGAGGGUGCAUAAGUGCUGGGGCUGUCUACUGCCCAGCCCUGCACUUUAGCACCCUGGUACCCAGGCCAGUCUAUCUGCUGCUCAACACCAGUAGCUGGAGUCCAGGGCUGACUCCCUGAGUCCCUGCCAGGCUCGGGCUGCUCCGCCCCGGCUCUAACUGCUGUGGUCCCAGGUGCACGUGAAGACGCUGCACCCAGGAGCAGCUGACUCUGGCACGAACUGUACCAGAGUUUACCCCUGCAAAUUAAUUGGACUUGUAGAUGUGCCUAGUGAGAGGUAGGGCGAAGUCCUGGAUAAUUUUGGUGAGAAUUUGUGAUUCAAUAUAUUGAAAUGUAUUCAGGUUAAGAAAAUAAAUAUUUUUAGCUUGAACUCUCCUAAACUUGUUGAGAAAGAAAUGUAAGAUACACAGUCAAGUAUUAUGUGAUUGGAUACAGAGGGCAUAUGGUUUUAAAGCUCUUUCAUAUAGUUCUCAAAAUCUCACAGUGAUUUCAUCAGCCCUUUCUUAAGGAAUCUCCACUUGAAGUUUUAAUUUUUUGUCAUUUUCAUACCAUACCAGUUGAAGUUGCUAAUGCAAUCUGAUGGUUGUAUUUGCAGAAUUGGGCCUUCAGCUUUAUUGGUUAAGACUUCUCAGAAUGGUCUCACAAUUUUCCUUUAUUGCAUGUUGCUGUUUUGUGUAUGAUACGGGUAACAAACAAUCCAGUAUCAUUGAUUAACCAGAAAUACUGUUAGUAAUCGUACAGAAUUGAAUGUUCCUUCUGGCUCUGCUUGUUGCUAAGUGUGUGAACUUAAACAUUUUUAAAUGACAAUCUGUACUAACUUUAUAUACAUAAAGACUACUCUUUACCCACCUACACACUUCCCAUUUCAUUCUAGUUUUAUUUGCAAUACAGGCAUAUGUUGUUCGCUGAGUUACCGCGGUGAAACCUAUCUUAAGUGAUAACAAGGUUCAGAUAAAAAUCAGUUGCCGAAUGGAGCUGUUCUAAUAAAAAUUGUCCUCGUUUCUGGAUAUUUUGAGACAAACAACUUUUGGUCUUAGGAGGCUAUUAAGAAUUGUUUCACUAUAAAGUAGUGAAAUAUUAUUUUGAAAUUUGUCAUCAGUUCUGAACAAAGGCAUUACAUCAGAGACUCAGAGAGAUCUCAGGUCACCUCUAAAAAAUAAAACUAAAUUCAGUUAAUUUGUUGAAUAAUGUGUAAAAAGUAACCAAAAUACACUAACCUCUGUUACUGCAAAAAUUCCUUUCUGUAUAUCACAUUGGUUAGAAUUUACAUUUUUAUACACAACUCACAUAUGUAAUAGAAUUUUAAUUUAGACAAACAGGUUUACAUCAGUGCAUGUUGAAUACAUCUAGCAAGAUUCCUGUCAUGCUGUUUUUUAUUCCUAGGUCAGUGUUAAGAUUUGUGCUGCUUGUUUUGUUUUAUUUGUUGGCUCUGUAUGACAUUAUCCUUCCAUAUUUGAAACCUGCCUUUAGAGGAAGCUUUUUUAAUAUAUUCGGUGACUGGUGUGCAGAGUAAUUUGUAUGCAUUCAUAGAGAAUAAACCUCAACCAAGGAACAGACAUUCCAGAGAACAAAAAAAUUGGCAUGCACCAGAAACAAAUCAGAAGAGGGCCUUUGUGCUUUCUUCAUAAUGCAUGAUUCUUUUUUGUUCUUUCUUCUUUUUGUUGUUGCUUACCUUGCAGAUCUUUGUUUUAAAGGUAGUUAGUACUUGUAAGAAUUUAACGCAUUAUUCAGUCAUUUUCGCUUCAGUGUAUUAUGUACGGAUUACAACCUUUGUUUUGGUAUCGGUGUUGUUUUUCAUAAAGCACCAAAAUGGUGUUUUACUCCUUGGAUUGACAUAAAACAGCAAGGUUUUUUGCAGAAACUGCACUCAAAUAUAUUUUCUUUUCAUAUACAUUCAGUAUAUGAAGAAUGAAUUAGAAUUCUCCAUUCUCUCUCUCUCUUUCACUCUCUCUCUCUCGCGCACGUACACGCAGGCGCGCGCGCGCACACACACACACACAGAUAUCUAUUGAUAUAGAUCUAUAUAGAGAUAUAGAUCUAUAUAGAUCUCUAUCUAUCGAUCUAUAUAGAUCUAUCUAUCUAUAGACACGCACACAAACACCUGUGUAUAUAUAGAUAUAUAUAUUUGGUUCUUAAGAGUUAUACCUUUCAAAUAGAAUGAUAAAACAUGAGACAAUCGUAGAAAAAGUAGGGUGGGAAGAAACCUCAGGAGAUCACCUGGGUGAACUCCUUGCUCAAGGCAGAAUCAUCCCUAUCUUAAACCAUCCUAGAUAAAUGUUUGUCUAGCCUGCUCUUAAAAACUUCCAAGGAUGGAGAUUCCACAACCUCUCUAGAUAAUCUGUUCCUAUGUUUAAUCAUCUUCGUGACAAGAAAGUUCUACCUAAUAUCCUACCUAAAUUUCCCUUGCUUCAAUUCAAGACCAUUACUCUUUGUCCCAUCUCCUGUGGCUACAGAAAAUAGUCUACCACCAUCCACUUUAUGGAUGGUGAUAAUACCACCCUUCAGGUAUGUGCGAACACUGAUCAGAUCUCCCCUCAGAAUUCUCUUAUUUAUAGUAACUAAUUCCAGUUUUUUCCAGCCUUUCCUUCUAAAUGCAAUGUUUUCUAAGCCUGUAAUCACUUUUGUUGCACUCUACUUUUGAAUUUGUUCAUGUCGUCUUUGAAGUGCAGUGCAUGAAACUGAACGCAAGGUGCUAAUAGACAUGCAGCUCCCCGGUACAACUCAUGGUGCUUUGCAGGAAGCGCCGUGUGUUAUAGCACUCCCCCUGACCCAACAGAUGUUGGCUGUUGGGUCUGGUGGGUUGGGGGAUCAAGCUCUAGUUUAGAGUGACUGUAUGUCUGCAGCUACUCACCCCUAGCCCUGCCUCUCCUCCUUCCCAACUCCAGUGCUGUCUUCAGAAUGGGAGGGAGGGAAGGGAGGUUGCGCAGCCUGUGCUGGAGGUUGGGAAGGGUGGAUUGGAGCCCCCUCACCUUGGGGGAGCUCCAGUUCACCUGCCCCACCCUCCAGUGCAGGCUGGGCAAACCCCAGAUGGAGCUUCCUCUGUUCCCUUUUUCCCUUUCCAUUCUGAAGAUGGUACUGUGGCAUGGGGCCCGCAGCCCUGCUACUGGAGCACACUGACAGAUAUUGAUGAAGACACUUUGCUUUGGAGUGCUUUCAUUUGAACCCUCAUAUAAUGAGGGUUCAGAUUGUCACACAACUGAGCAUUUUUUAAGUGUUCUGCAGCUGUGCACUUGUCAGUGCAUGGCUGUACAGCACUUCAGGAUCCUAAUCGUGUGACAAACUGUCACUUCUGUUAGUGCCCAUAGUAUUCCAGGUGAGGACCUCCCCAGUGCUAAAUAGGGCAGAAGAAUCACUUUCUUGGACUUGCAAGAGAUGUUUCUAUUAAUACAACCCAGUAUUCUGUUGGCUCGGUUUGCAAUAAGAGCAUGCUGUUGGUUCAUAUUCAUCCUUUUCUGCAGUACUGCAGCCUCGUCAGUAAUUCUUUAUACUGUACUUGUGCAUGUGAUUGUUCUGUCCUAAGUGCAGGACUCUGUACUUCUCUUGAUUGAGUUUAAUUCAAUUAAUUUUGGACCAUUUUUCUAGUUUAUUAAAGUAAUUUGUAUCCUUAUCCUGUCCUCUAGAUCGGCGGUUCCCAAACUCUGACAGAUUGCUCACCAGCAUUUUAAAACGAUACAGCCUUAAGUACCAUCAGCAAAUUUUUCAUACACAUAGGUAACAGACUAUGUAUUAAAACAACAUCAAACCCUUUUAGUAACCCUAAAACAAUGUUUUAUCAGUUAUGGUAGCCAUAUAAAACAAUUGUACAUUGGAAAAAAGAGAUGCUUUUGGAGAUGUCUUUAGUGGGAGGGGUGAGCUUGCUUAGCAGAGCACAAUAUUCGGAUAUCUGGUGAAAUCUUGGUUAAUUUCAGCCUGAGGUCUGAUUCUGCAUUUAGCUUCAUCCAGUAUUUGUUUUUAAUGGCAAUCCAGAAAGUCAAGUUUCACACAAAUAGGCUGUGCAGAAUGAAAUAAAAAAUUUCAAUGCCCUGUCUGAAAUUUGGGGAUAAUCCUCUCUUCUCCUCAGCCAAAAAUCACCAAGAUGGAUUCUUCUGAAUUCCAGCUGAAGCUCAGCAUCACAUGAAACUUCUCUUAGCUGCUCCCUUUCCUUAGCUGAGAAGUGGUUGGGCAAACAGUUUUCUUCAAGUGAAAAUGGAUCUCUGAUCCAGUUUUCUUUUGUUACAUCUUCAGGGAAAUAGUCACUAAAAUUUGAGAUCAGAGAAAGGCAGUGCUCUUUAAUAUCAGCGAUCAGGUCAAGGUGAAGUUUGCGUUCGUUUUCAGUGAGAAAAGUCUGAUGUUGCAAAUGACUGACAAUUUAUUCUCUCUUGUAUAAUAAACAGAAGUUUUUUAACAAAAGCUCUUAUUUUGUCAUGACCGGUUAAAGUGGUUAUUUUCAGGUCUUGUAGACUAGCAUUCAGUUCGUUAAGAUGUAUAAAUAUGUCUGGCACUAGGCAAGCCUUGCCAACGACAGCUCAUCCGUGAAAUGGUCUGAAAACUCAAAAUUAAAGUCACCGACACAAAUCUGCAACUCAGAAUGGAAUUCAAACACCUAGGUCAACACUUCCUACGAGAGAGCCAUCUCAGUUUGGUAUGGAGAAGCUUUUCAUACUCAUUCCCUAUUUUGUUGCACAGAAGGGAGAACAAUCAUGAAUUGAGUGGCUUUGCUUGUAUGAAAUUGACCACCUUUUACUACCAGAUCUAAAACAGCCUUAAGAUUGGCAGGCAUUGUUUUGGCUGCUAGAGCCUCGCUAUGUAUACUGCAGUGCAUGAAUUUGGCAACAGGUGCAACUUCUCUUACUUUUGCCACAACACCUCCUGACUUGUCAGACAUGGCUCGUGCCCCCUUGGUGCACAUGCCAAUACAAUUUUGCCACUAAUCUGUUAUUGAUUAUGAAGCAAUCCAGUUUCUUGAAUAUCAGUUCUGCUGUUGUAGAACUUGGCAGAGCUUCACAAAAUGAAAAAAAAUCCUUAAGUGCCAUAUCUGCUUCAAACCUUACAUAUGCAAGAAGUUGAGCAAAAUUAGUUAUAUCUGUACUUUCAUCUAAUUGCAACAAAAAGUACUUGCUUUUCUUGAUGCUUUCAAUUAGUUUUUCUUUCACCUGACAAGCCCUAUAUUCAAUUCUUCUUGAUACUGUGUUGUUCGACAAAGUAACAAUGUCCAACUGUUUUGCGAAUUUUUCUCCAAGAACAGAUUAAACAAUGUCUUUUGCAGCAGGAAGCAUGAGAGUCUCAGCUAUCGUAUGUGCAUUCCCCAUCUGAGCGAUCCUUAGAUUUAGUUUAUAUGAUGCUUCCCAAGCCCUUGCAUUAACACCACUUAGAGCAGUUAUAGUUUUCUUACUGUCUUGGAACUGCCUUAGUUUUCUUUUUAAAAAAUCAAGAGAGAUUUGUCUUUAAAAGUUAUGCUUUGUAUGAAGAUGCUGCUAAAGAAAUGAAGGUUUCAUGCAAUCGUUUGAAAGGAGUUCAUAGCAAAUCUUGCAGAGGUAUUGGUUCACUUUCUUCACCACUCCUGGUAAAUCCAAAUAACUGGGAUCAUACCUUCUGGUAAUCUUGCGCUUAUCAACUGUUGCAGCAGUCAGGCAUGUUUCGGAAGUGCGAGUGUCCUCCUCACUUAAUCCAAUGAUGUGAGCUAUACAGCAUCCCAGUAAAUCAGCAGCUUCUCAUAGGUCCAACUCUCUUGAUUCCUCAGAGGUCCCCUGUGUUUCAGUGUACUUUCACUUCAGAGAAGUUGAAGUCAGCCACCUUUCCAUUGUGGUAUUACUAGUAUUUAUGCAACAGCUUUUGAUUCUAACACCUGCUUUGCAUAACACUACAGGAGCUCAAACCAUAGAAAAUUACUCUCACACAACCAAAGCCAAGAUGGCAUACCUGCGCAGACCUUUUAGCAAGUUCAAGAGAAAAUGGACGAUUCUACAUGUAAGGCUUCAAGUGCUGGCAUAUUUAUGUGUACAUUAUUCCCCUUUAUGAUUUGUCCUACUCGACUGUCGUCACACGAGCAGCAUUCUACGAUGACCACUAGAUGGUGCCAAAAACCAAAUGAGGAAGAGGGCAUAUAUAGAAAUCAAAUAUCCAAUGUACUAUGCUCAUGUAAAUUCUAUAAUUAUAAUAAAUCUGUUAACUUGUACCACUGACAGGUUGUCUGCAUACGCAUACCACAGAUUGGGAACUGCUGCUCUAGGUUGUCUGCAACUUGACUCAGCUUGUUGCCAUCCAUAGGUUUAUGAAGUGUGUCUUCAAACCCACCCUCCCAAUCAUUAAUGAAGCUAUUGAGCAGUACCAGACCCAGGACAAACCCUGGCUACUGUUCAAUACAGUGAUCCAACCAGUUGUAUAUCCACGUUUACAGUUUCAUCUGGACCAGGGUGGGUAAAAUACAGACUGCAGGUCUGCAUUCUAACUGGCCCAUAGCACCCUUCUAAAAUUUACACCAUUAUUACCUCCCGGUGGCUGCCUAUUGGAAAGCUGAUGAGGUGCUGACAGCAUGAGCUAUCGGCUGCAGCAGCAAGCAGCUCAGGCUCUGGUUGCAGUGCAACCAACCCAACCCCAGCUUGACCACCCCUGCCCCCUACAAGCUUCUGGAGACCAGAAGCAUCUGGCUAGCAGAGGCUUCUGCCCUGGCAACCCUGUGCCUAUUCCGCAGCCCUCCCUCAUCCGAGAGUUGAAAUUCAGAUACGAACAGAUGGGGGGACUACCAGCGCCUCCGUGGGACUCAUGGGAUUCUGGCUCUGUGCCUCCAUGUGCUGAGACAGGACAGGCAGGGCUGGUUCCCCACCUCUCACCAUACCCCCAACACACACUCCCACUCCUAUGCCCUUACCAUACCCACACCCACAUCCUCCCACACACCCUCACCCCAACCACACACCCCACCCACCAUACCCACACCCACCAAACCCUUACACCCACUCCCCAAACACACAGCCCCCACAUACACCCCUUUAUCCCCCCACCUCCACAAUAAGAGUGUAUUUUGAGCUAUUAUGCAAUCACCUCUAGAUACACUACACAAACGCACACAAAUCAGGACUAAAAUAUUUUAAAAAUAAAAUAAGCUAUAGUAGAUAUUUGUUGGGUUUUUUAAGUAUAUGAUUUGGGGUUUUUUUCCUGGUUUCAGGAUGAUAACCCCAACUCCCAAAAGGAGUACUUCCAGGGCAAGGGGAGGGGGACCUCAGGUUGGUGGCAAAGGUCAUGUUUUAAGGGUGGGACUUCCUGUCCCAAGAUGGCAACCAGGGGGCAGGAUGCCUGUCAAGGGGUUGGGCUACCCUUGCAGCCCUCAACAGUUCACCAAAACUUGUUAAGUAGCCCUCCAGCUGAAGUAAUUGUCCACUCCUGAUCUAGCUUAAUUUCCUUAGCUUACUAAUGAAAAUGUCACAGGAGACAGCAUUCAAAGCCUUGCUAAUGUCAAGGUAUAUCAUAUCCACUGCACUCCCCGUAUCCACAAAGCCCAUGACCUAGUCACAGAAAGGUUAAUUUCAUACUUGGAUUUGCACAAAAGAUUAAAGGCCAGUUGUGAACUAAGCAUGAGAGGGAGAACAGCUUCCACGAGGCUUGUACCCCUGUUCCUGUGGGUAAGGAAUUUGCAGGUCCUUGGCUUUCUUCUUCCAAUUAGCCAGCCUGCUCAGUUGACCUGGUGCGCUGGGGGAAGUAAUCUGAGCCUAGGCUAGGUCUGGUGUAGAUUACUUUCCUUUAAUCAAGGGGGCAACCUGGCGGAUAUAACUUGUGACUGCUCCUGUAGAAACACUUUUAUAUACUGCCCUUUGCUCAGGUCUUAUGACAGAAGCCACAGUAAGGUCAAGCUUUCUUCUUGGUAUAGCAGCUAGGUAAGGUUGUGCUGUGUACAACAGCCAAAGGUUUAUCUACUUGAGAAAUAUAGCAGAGUUUCUACAUCUAAGUAAAAUCUUCUGAACCCAUUAAUAAGGUUUUGAAACAAUGAUUUGUUGUACAGUAUAUGUCCUGUUACUACAAUUUUAGGCUCUGUUUAUAAACUAAAUCAACUGCCUUGGGGAAUUUUUAAGCUAGAGAAUUAUUCUACCUGCACUUUUUUUUAUGUAUAACGUAUUCCUUCCCCCUUUUCUCUCAGGGCCAGGUUCUGUGAGGUAGGUGCGAGACACCCUCAGUUUUGUCAGGUUUUGGACUUUGGGAGUGCAAGGCCUGCAGCACUUAUUAAAACAAGGCACCAAGGUUGAGUUUAAAAUGCCAUGUUUUUCUCGGUUUCAGGUGCAUUGCACCAUUAGAUUCUAUAGACAAUCUGCAUUUAUCAAACAUUAUGUCUCACCAAAUUGUCUUUUUAGAUUAAUGACCAAAUAAUUCCUUUUAUGAUGAUUCAGUGGUUCAGCUUUGUUACUACUCUUCUUUAUUUCUAUAAAUUUCUCUUUCUAUUAUGUGCAUACUGCCCUUUGAGAUUACUGCUAGUGAAAUAGAAAGCUCCCCGAUGUUUUACAUGGGGGAGAAGGAUGGAAGUUGGGAAAACUUGAUCUAAAAAAAAAAAAAAAGGAUUAAGGUAUUUCCAUGUAGGAACUGCAUUAAAAUCUAAAAAAUAACCUGCUUCUAGAAAUUUCUAAUGUGAUAGGUUUUUAGCUUAUUUUCAGCCUGAAUCUUCUCUAAAUUGUUGUUAGUUUCAGAACUCCCAUUGAAUUAAUUGAGAGCAGGAUCAGGCUCUCUACCUAUCCAUCACACUUGUCUGGAAGAUUGUUCUCUUGUCUAAAGCAGUUCUGCAAUAUUAUGGUUUGUCAGUUGUAAAACAGACUACCUUCCCUCUUUAUGUUGAAUUUUUAGGAACAGCUAGACAUUUAUAUACUCAAAAGGGGUCUAUCCUCCCAUUGAUAUGCAUGCUUAACUGCCAUUAAUGUUAAUGAGAGGAAUUCAUAGUCAUCAACAGGAGAAUAGACCUGCCCCCAGAAGUGCAAUAGGAUCAUCAGAUUAGAGCACUGAAAAAGCAUGGUAUUUGGAACCCAAGCAAAUGUGUCUAAAUCCAACUAUCAGGAGAUAGUUUCAGUCACAAAUUUAAGUAUUUAAUAAUUUUCUCUCCUCUUGUUUCUUUUCCCCCUCCAUCUCCUGAAAUAUUGCCUUAAGACUUUACUGAGGUUUCUAUGCUGUUUAAUCUGUUACCAGGUUUUGUAAUGGACUUUAGCUGGAUGUCAGUUUUAGGGGAGGUGGGUUGUUAGUAUUUUUUUGCAGGGAGGAUCUACAGAAAUGAGAACCUGAUAAAAUGAUGUCAUCAAUGCACAUAAGAUUUAGAAAGAAUUUGUAAAUGGUCUUUUGUUAUUGUUUCCAUGGGUCAAAUUCUGCUGUACAAUCAAAUCUUACAACCAUGGGUAACCAACCAUACACAGGAAGAACAAUUUUUUGUUGCUAUACAAAAUGGGGCAGGAUUUGUGAGGUUAUACCCGAUGGGCCUGCUCUCUGGGGUGGUUCUGGGGUUCUAAAGACAGCAUAUUUAAGGGAUAUAGGAAGGGCAGACAUUUAUGUAUUGGAUGGUGUAUAUAGUCAUUCGCCAUUUUUGUCACCUAAAUGGCAAGAAUUACAGCAGCCUUGAAAACCCACUGCUACCCUUUGGGACUAGGAAUACUUCCCUUCCACAGGUCCUGCAUACAGUUCCUGGACCAAAAGCUAGCUACCUAUGUUUUCCCUAUAUAAAAGUGUGGAGCAGCUCCAUUGACUUCAGUGAACUAAUUUUGUUUUUAAAAUGGUGUGAUGGAACACAUAGCAUGAUCCCAUAUAUUAUUAGGAUUAGAUUGGAUUAGGCUGGAUUCUUUCCAGGGAUUAUGUUGGUUCUGUUGGUACAACUCAGUCAAAGGAGCAGGUCUAUAGCACAAAAUUACUGUACAAGACAGUAGCCCUCAAACCUCAAACAUGCUAGGUCUUCAAGUGAAAGCAAUGUAGCUGUUUCCAGAGUGACAGUGCUAAUUAGCCCCCCAUCCCAUCCAGGUCUAUGCAAAUGUAACUUCAUUGUUUCCAGUUGGGGAAGUAGCUGUCAUGGAGUAGAAUGGUGUGUUUGAGGGCCACUGCCUAGCAUAGUAAAUUUGAAGCAUGGAAUUAGACUGAGGGUAAAUAUCUUAGGGAGUAAAUCUGCCAGGAUUUGAGAGGCUUAUCAGUAGGAGCGAGCCAUGCCAGCUAUCUAAUUCACUCCAUCUCCUGUGAAGCAUCUGCUGGUGGGAUUCUGUGGAGACCCAGCCAUCAAACUGGUGACCAGUGGCAGAACCCCAACAGACAAGAAGGAAGUAGCAGUGCUGUCUAUCAUCUGCCUUCCCCAGUGGAUAUGUGUGGAAAUUGCAAUCAAAUUUCCCCUGUAUCCAGUGAAUCUAGCAAUGUGCUUUUCCCAAAUCCUCCAAUCAUCCACUGUAUCCCUAGAGUUUUAAAAUGGGUUGACUUGUAACUUUUGAUUGAUUUCCAAAGUAUGAACUUGAGUGAAUCUGCACAGUGGGAAGCAUUACUGUAGCACUGAAAUACGUGGACAUUUCUAAGCCAUGGUACUGGCCCAGGAGCUUGGAGCUGAGGCUUUGAAGGAGCUGAUCUUUGAACAAGUUUUGAUAUAGUAAAUUUUGCAACUGUUUAUUUUAAAAAAAUUUCUAAGCAGUUUGAGUGUUUUAGGAAAUAUUAGGAAAACACAAAAAAGCAAUGAUCUUUUAUUACUAUACAGCUGGUUUGCUGUCCUUUUCCAGUAAACCACAAGGUUCAUUAAUGCUUGGUACUGUUUCCUUUAUUACAACUCUUUUUAAUGUAAUUUUCAUGAUAAAGCGCAAUUAGUGAAAUCUUUUAUUCAAUUUUCCCUUUCUUUGUUUUUUUUAAGGAGAGAUCUCUCCUUACACAGUAUGUAUACUUUCUUACAGAGCUUUCUUACCUAUUUUUAUAAAAGUUGGUCUUACAAUUUAAAGUUAAAUGCUCUAUGAGCAAAGCAAUGUCUCUGUUAGCUAUCUGAAGUGCUAUACUACUGAUCAAGGGCCUGAACCUGCCGUCCCUAUUCAGGCACUGACUCUACCACGCUUUCUCCUUUUGAGCAAUACCUUAUUCCUUGAGUUGUUCCAUCAAUUUCAGCUAUGUUAUUUGCAGAGUAAGGUACUAUUAACAUGAGAAACAGUGGCAGAACAGAGCCCUCCAUGAGCAAGCUUAUUGAUGUCAAUGGGGUAUCUCCCAGGAGUUAAGGCUGCUGGAUCUGCCCAGAAUUAUAGUUAUAGAUUAUAGUUCUCUUGAUAUUAAAUGAUUUCAAACUUGUUUGCUGGUGACUAUAAACUAAUAACUGAUCUUAUUGAAUACAUGUAUUGAAUUAUACUGGUAUCAGCAGUUAUUAAAAUGUAUUUCACAUUUUAAUUCAUUCAUAUAAAAGAUAUAAAAACAUGGGCUUGUGAAGCAGUAUGUUAUAUGGAUAUAGCACACAUCCACCAAUUUUUUUAUGAGUGUAUUAAAUAUACAGUAUAUAGCAUUUUAUUUACAUACUUUUAUACUGCCUGUAUACCACCGAAGCACUCGGUGCCUUGUUUCUUUUGUAUAAAACUGAUGUAGAGGAACUGAUGUUCUAGUGUAAACAAUGUCACUGUAAUUUGAUAAUAUUUUAACCAGGUUAUUCCUAGUACAGGAGGUUUUAAACAGCAAUUCAGCUUAACAUAAUGCAUUUUCUCUGUGUUAAAGGUUGUCCUUCUUUAUUCAUUUUCCCUCCCAGAAAAGCCUUUUCAUGUGAUUGUUUGUACUUUACAGUUCUCGUGUCUGAUGUUAGUCACAUGGUGUUAACCAAAGAACCAACCCUUUUUUCUAAUUUAUUCAGAUAACAUUUGGACUUGCUACCAUGUCAUGACUGAAGUGAUAUUAUGAAUCUUGCUGAACAAAUAUAAAAUCAGUAUCUGUAAAUGUGAUUGAUUCACUGCUGGGAAUGAACGAUACCUUUUUCUGACUGGUUGUAUAUUAUUUUCAGUAGCAAAAUUUUGUGUGUGUGUGUGUAUCAAUCAAAUCUGCUCACAACACUAACAAAAGCAUAAAUAGUGCAAUCAUUUUAACCUUGUUUUAUCCUUAACCUUAGUUUGUGCAAUUUCAAGUAGCCCAAAAGAUUCACACACAUUCAUUUCAGGAGCCAAGAUAACUUAUUGUAUCUAUAGACCCUAUAACACCUUAAUAGAGACUGUUUCACAUUAAGUGUGCUUUAUUGUUAUCAAUUAUACCAGUAAUAUAACCAAAUUUGAUACUGUUUUAUUUCUAUUUUAAAUUAUUUUCAUUAGAUGUUCAGUCUAUAAAGUUACAGGAAGUUUGUCAUUUGCUUUUAUUACAAAUAGUUUGCACACCCUUACCAAAAAUUUAAGACAAGUAUAAUUUAAAGACAACAUACAGUAAAUACUAUGCAAGACUAAUUCAGCAUGUGAGAGAGGAUGUUAAAUAUUAGACUGUAAAACUAACAAAAAUUAAAAUCAGAAUAUUAUUAUCAAAUAAGCAUUAACCUUUCAAUCUAUAAUUCCAUGAAUUAAUGAGAGGUCUUUUUUAAUGAUUUUUUUUGAAGGAGAUAUCAGUGUCAAAGUAAAGGGGCUUUUCUUUCCUGAAAACAGUUGAUCUUUUUUGUUGAUAUUCAAACUGGAAAUGUAGACUUGAACGGUACCCUUUGAUUUUCAGCUAGAAACAGGGACCUUUUAAGUGAUGCCUGCAGCUGACUUUACCCCUUGUCAUCAAUGUUCUCUCUUAUGUGAUAUUUUAGGUGGAAUAAGCAGAAAUUAAUAUUUUCUAUAAAGCAGUGUUCUGUUUUCUUGAUGGUAACAUCUAAAGAAAGAAUAAUGAUUCCAUUUUCAAAAGCUUACAUGAUUUAGUAUAUACUUGGGGCUUUGUGUGAAACAGUCAUUAUCGUCUAGAUAAGGACUAUUUUUUGUCACGGCAUUUGAGCUGUACAUAGACAAAAAUGGAGUUCUCAUGAUGAAUGUGCUGAUCUCCAUAUUGCGUGUCCAAUUGUGGGGUGUUCUCUACAUUUUAUGUUAGACAGGGAUUUAUAAUUAAAUGUCACACUGUAUUGCAGCAUCUCAAAUUGUGUGUUGUCAGAUAUUUGUUGCUUUGUUUUCUUUCCCCUAUCAUUAGCUAAAAACUACUAUGACAUUUGGUAGUAGCAUACAUUAACCCUGAGGAACUGCAGUGUACAAAAAAUAUUGUUAUCCUUCUAUAAAAAGCAAAAUGUGGUUUAACACAUCUUGCUUUAAAAGAACGGUUUCCAAGUUUGAGGAAAAAAUGACUACAAAUUUUCAUCAUGUACUUGUAACUACACCAUACACACUAAUUUAUGGGUGUGGGGGGGGUGUUCUUAUUGAUCACUCUAACCUAUUUCUGCAAAAGUCAGGAUUUGCAUGGGUUUCCUUUGUUAAUUGAAAGUUAAGUUUCUACCCAAGGAAUCCAGUACUUUAUAUUUGAACUUCAGUUACUGAAAAAGAUUUGGAAGAGAGGAAGAUCAUUGGCAGUAACUAAUUGUGUUACUUUUACCUUGGAAUUCACUAGGUCCGGUGCAAAUAUAAUGAGCUAUUAUUUAGAAUAGGGUGCUCAACUUCUGGCCCAGGGGCCAGAUUCUGCUCAUGGAGCCCUGCCAUCCAGGUUGUAUAGCUCCCCACAGGUUUGGAAACUUAGUGGUGGUGAAGAAGUAGCAGCAUUAAUUGCUAUUCUGCAAUCACCAAAUUUCUAAACUAUCGGGAGCCCUGCGGGCAAAAUAACGUGGCCCUGUGUGCUAGAUUGGGCUGGCGCAUGGGGUCACCCUGGCACAUAACUAGAUCCAAGUGUAUGGGGUCUUUCCAGCACAUUGGAUCUCACCAGUGGGCCAACCCUGCAUGCUGACUGCAGACUCCAGCCUGUGGACCGAUGCUAUGCCACUCAUCUGGCCCACAGGGCUGGAAGUUUGGGUGUUACUGGUUAAGUCGAUGGUGAGAGCAGGUUGACAGUCUGAAUUGCAAGGAAAGAAUGAGCUCUUCUCUUACUAAGCUGGAGACAACAUAUUUCCUUCUGGUUGGUGCCUUUCCAAGUUUGCUCAGUUCCCUUUGCUUCUCUUGCAGUCUCUGCCUGUACCUCAAAUCUUUUAAGUAAGGAAUUUAUGAUGUGACCAUUAACAGAGUACCUUCUAAUACAAAUAAAAGGAUGUUUUCUGUGA